CACACACAGAGCACGACUCAUCAAAGCCGUGUCUCUGUGACUGUUGCCAUGGUUACGGAGGUGCACAUAUACAUUCGGUGUACGUGCAGGUGACGGUGUGUUGCAGACUCUUGAUGCUGCAGCUUCAGCAUGUCAGGAAGUUGGGGUCAGAGUGCAGGGUCAGACAUGAUACAGCGCCCCCUGGAGCAGAGAGGGUUAAGGGCCUUGCUCAAGGGCCCAACAGUGGCAGCUUGGCAGCGCUGGGGCUCGAACCCACGACCUUCUGAUCAGUAACCCAGAGCCUUAACCGCCAAGCCACCACCGCCGCCUAUAGUGGAAAUGGCAAUAAAUCUACAGUGACUUUGACCCCGUGCUUCAUUCUGCCACGGGCGGACGGGUGAACCCUCGGAGGUUGUUUGGUUGUAAAAAGUUCAACAUAAAAGAAAAGAAAAGACUAUUUAUACAGACAGGAGAAGAUGGAGGUGACGUCUCAGCCCACAGCGUUCGCUCCGUCUGACUUCCAGACCGGACUGCUCGAGUGCUGCGACGACUGCGGGACAUGUGUGUGUGGGCUCUUCUGUCUAACCUGCCUGGGCUGUUCCAUCGCCAGCGAUAUGGGGGAGUGCUGUUUAUGUGGACUGGGAAUGUCCAUUCGCAGUGUGUACAGAACCAAAUACAACAUCAAGGGCUCCAUGUGUAAAGACUUUAUGAUCAGUAAUUGCUGCUUACCCUGCGCCACCUGCCAGCUGAAGAGAGACAUCGACAGGAGGAAGCAGCAGGGAAUCUUCUGAAUCUGACCAGAAUCUUCACACCACUGGAGAUCAAACCAAGCCGCGACUUUCCUCAGUUUGUGUUCUUUAUUAACAAAACAGUGCUUAAAGGGUGUGAAAGCUAUAAGGAACAAUUACAAUGUUUUUGUGUGUUCCUUAAAAAUGAAAUUGUUGAUGUGUUACACCACAGCGCUGUUGGAUCCUGGACUGUGAUUGGUCAGGUGGUGUCGAUUAAUUCUCUAUAACAGCGGCUCUGACAGUAGCGCAGCUGCACAUGACAGGUUUAUAUUAAUGCACUCAUUCUAAUAGCUUAUCAUUUCUAUAGUAACAGCUCAUUCACAGGGACGUGGACGGCAGAUUCUCCAUUAACAAUAAACAGAUUUUUAAAAAGUGUGUAAUCGUCGAUAGAGUGAUAUUUUCAUUGCAAAAUCUAUGGAAGGAGUCUCCAGUGUCAGUGUUUUGUAGGAGUCAGAGGCAAAGCUGUAACUUUCAGGAUGGCGGAGGGUUUUUUUUGGGUUGUUGUUCAGAUGAGAAGCAGUAGUAGCUAUAUUUCAUAUUAUAAUUAAAAUAUAUAUAUAAAAAGUGA